AGCUGUCACUUUAGCGCGUAUUUUUCGCUUUUGUGUUUUUACGACGCCAAUAGUUAUUUCAAAGUAAAGUAUAAAUUACAUAGCAGAUAUUUGAUUGCACGUAUAAAAAAGGCCGUGAUUUGACCAUGGCUUCUGAUGAUGUCAAAGAAACUUCAGCUGUUAAAGAAACAAAUGUAGCAAAUAGCGUUGAGCCGCCACCCCUACAAGCAACAACAUCCCCUCCUAUCAUUGAUUUAGAAGCUCCUUCGAAUAUUACAGUGAAUUCUGAGGAGGAAUCUGAUGAAGAUAAAGAUGAGACGGGCAGUGUGGUCAGCACAGCCACCACCACCACAUCACGUAGCAAAUCUCCUGGUAAUAGGAAAAGUUCCAAAACAAGGAAAAAGAAAAAGAAAAUAGUGAAGCCCCUUUACAAAUAUAUUUGUCAUCUGCGUGAGGAUCAUGGUCAGCCUUUGUUCGGCGUUCAAUUCAAUCAACAUUUGAUUAAGGAGCAUGCCAUUUUUGCAUCUGUAGGAAAAGAUCGUAUAUCAAUUUAUGAGUGCCCUCGAGAUUGUGAACAGUCUGACAACAAUAGUACUGGCAUUAAAUUACUUCAGUGCUAUGCAGAUCCUGAUCCCGACGAAAAUUUCUACACCUGCGCUUGGUCAUACGAUCCUGAGAAUUCCGAUUCAAUUCUUGCGGCCGCUGGCUACCGCGGAGUUAUACGUAUUUUCAAUCCAUCGAAACAUAUUUGUACCAAACAUUACAUUGGUCAUGGGCACGCUAUUAAUGAAUUGAAAUUUCAUCCCAAACUUCCUCAGUUAUUAUUAUCUGGGAGUAAAGAUCAUUCACUUCGUCUCUGGAAUAUACAAACAGAUGUUUGUGUAGCGAUUUUUGGCGGUGUAGAAGGACAUCGCGACGAGGUACUUUCAAUUGAUUUCGACUUACGCGGAGAUCGUAUAAUGUCGAGCGGUAUGGACCAUUCGUUAAAGCUUUGGCGUCUGGAUAAAACUGCUAUUAAGGAUGCUAUUGAGAGUAGCUGCUCAUUUAAUGCAACUAAAAAUGCGACACCAUUCCCGACAAUUAAAGAGCAUUUUCCCGACUUUUCCACACGAGACAUUCAUCGAAAUUAUGUAGAUUGUGUACAAUGGUUUGGCGACUUUGUACUCUCCAAGUCAUGUGAGAAUUCUAUAGUAUGCUGGAAGCCCGGAAAACUGGAACAGACUGAUGUGAAACAACAAGAUUCCACAACGACGAUUAUACAUCACUUUGACUAUAAGGAAUGUGAAAUUUGGUUCGUACGGUUUGGUUUCAAUUUUUGGCAAAAGGUUUUGGCUUUGGGAAAUCAACAGGGUAAAACGUACGUAUGGGAGUUAGAUAAUUCCGAUCCGAAUUUAACUAAAUGUAGCACACUAACACAUCCGAAGUGCGGUAGCGCAGUUAGGCAGGUAUCAUUCUCGAAGGACGGUAUCAUUUUGAUAUGUGUUUGCGAUGACGGCACUAUUUGGCGAUGGGAUCGCUCAAAUUAGUUUAUUUUAAAAAUGGGCAAUAUGUUUAUUACGUAAAUAUGUUUAUUUAAAAAAAUAUUUAUUU